CACCCAAUUCAUCAAAUUCCUUCUGCUCAUCUAUUUCAUUUUCCCCCAAUUAACCAAACCCUCAAAUCCCCAAUUCUCGAUCCACCGAUGAAGCGCCCCUUCGCCGACGAACAAUCCGAUUCCACCGCCACAGCCAAUGGCGAAUCCGCUGCCGCCAGCGAUAAAGACGCGAAUAAGAAGAUCAAACAGAACGGCGAAGAAGAAGUAGAAAAAAUGUCCAAGGAGGCGGAGGCGGUGCUGCUGGACGAGAAUCUGCUAUACGAGGUGCUCCGCCGUGUCGACGACGGCUCCACCCUGGCCAAGGCGGCCUCCGUCAGCCGCCAGUGGCGCCAAACCGCUCACGACGAGCGGAUCUGGGAGCUGAUCUGCACGAGGCACUACCACCGCAGCCCGACGCAGCUGCGCGCCGUCGUGUCGGCGCUCGGCGGAUUCCGCCGCCUCUACUCGAGCCACCUCUGGCCGCUGCUGAAGCCGGCGUCGUCGUCGCCCGCGCCGCCUCCUGCUGCGGCGGCGGCGCCUUCCUCGUGGCCUGGCCUUCCUCCAGCUCCGGCGCCGGGGCCGGCGAGGUCGAAGGCGCGGUGGGGGAAGGAUGAAGUGAAUCUCUCGCUUUCCUUACUCUCGAUUAAGUACUUCGAGAAGAUGAGCUUCAAUCACCGAAGCAAAUGAUCGAAUUGGUGAGAUUUGAUUGAUUUCGUUCCAAUUUCAUUUCUGCCCCUUUUCAAUUUCCUCUUUUUUAUUUUAUUAUUUAAUGGUGUUUAACUCUUGUAUAACUGCUUGUAAUAUUUGUGGCUUCGUUUAUUAUUAUGAUCAAUCUACCUCCCUAAUGAUUUUAAUAAA